AUGUCUCUCCUUCAGGUCAAUAGCCAGAAGUCAGGCUUGCAAGCAUUCCGCUCCUGUGUAGUACUCAGGUCACGAAUUUUGUCAGGCCGAUCAAGAUACUCAACGUCAUCGACGCCUUCUGGCGUUCCUGAUGAGGUCGUCGCCAUUGCUGCCUCGGCGACAGACUCAGAAGCCGUGAAGAAGCCCGACUUGGACCUCGAUGAUCAGACCGCAGAGCCUAGGCUAGAGAAUUCGCAGCCUAGAUCUGAGGUUGCCGCCGCUCCAAAUUCACAGGAAGAUCUUGUAGUAUCAGAAAAGGACGGGUCGAACAUCGGUGUCAGAAUCCGCAGAACCGGAGCUUCAUUCGCAAUACCAACACGGAGUCCAAACCGCAAUCGAUCCUCUCAGCGGGUGGUGGCCCAGACACAGGAUGAAACCUCCCAGCUACCGUCGUUCUACCGUUUCGCCCGUAUCUUUGGGCUCGAUCCGACGGUGACACACCUCGAUAUCGUGCGAGGAAUUGCGAAAACUGCACCUGUAGGCCGUGUACUAUCCGUGGCCAUCCCAGACAAAAUCCACAGCAAGAACGGCAAGGACUUGAAAGCCGCCAUCGUAUUAUUCGACCAUGCCGCCGCACCGCAGGAUCUGGUGCGCCUCGCCAAGCAGGGUUCGUUCCUGAUCCGUGGCCAGCCCCCGCAUGUCGCUAUAUACUACGACCGUGCCUUUUCUGGGAACGACUUCAGCGAGAACUCCUCACGCGUGCUCUACCUACGUGGAAACCCGGAUGAGGAGGGCUUCACUGAAGAACGUCUACGUGAGCUGCUGCUGGGCAAUGAUAGGGUCGUGCAGGCUCUGGGUCCUUUAGGUCUCAAGUCAGAGCCUGUCAAGUGCUCCAAACUUCCCAGUGGCCAGCACUUCAUGGAAUGGCGCUUCUUUGACAACCAGAGGCAGGCCAGGGUUCUCCUUCAAGUACUGAGGCAGCAUUUCCAGGGCAGAGUGUCGAUUACGAUGGGUCAUGACCCAUGCUGGAACAAAACGCUCUAUCCGAGGGACAGGAAGAACACCGGCAAUGCCAUCUAUAUGGGUGCGAUGAGCCACGCCGAAGGCAAAAGGAAGUGGGCUAAGUGGAGAGGGGUCAAGGAUGCUCCUCUGGCCAGCAAAAGCGGGCUCCCAUCUCGCCUUGCACAAAUCAUGGGCCCGGAAGGGGUUGAGGCUGAUAAUGCCACCCAGGGCAAGAUUGGUGAUGUCGACUUCGAAGAGAUGGACGUCCUGGAGCGAGAACGACAGAGGCGGGUGCAAGCAUGGAAACGGCUGUAUCGCGGCCCUCAGCAACGAUCAAGUCGGUUCGAUUCGAGCUGGUAA